AUGUCUGGCCCCUACGAUCAACAUCUUGCCUUUGCUCCCAUCUACGACCACAACAACCAAUACCACAGCCAGAGUUCCUACCCCAGCGAGGGCUUUUCAGGGUCAUAUCAAUCCCAAGCAUACUACAACCCUCAGAAUUACUACCCCGACACCCGCGCCGCCUCUUCCUAUCCCGACAACUCCUACCAACAAGGUGGCGCCAACACCGCGUACUACACCAACAACGGCACCAACCCACAAGGCCCUGAGGCAGAUCGUGGACUCCUAGGUGCCGCUGCUGGUGGUGCUGCGGGCGCAUUCGGUGGUCACAAGGUGGGCCACGGUGUGCUGGGUGCUUUGGGCGGCGCCAUUCUGGGUUCCUUGACUGAGGAUUAUGCAAAGAAGAACAAGAAGCAUGGAAAGAACAGCAAACACAACCAAAACACGGGCAGUCUUGGGUCCGUAGCGAGCAGCUUCUUCAACAAGAAGUAA